AUGGUGUGGGUAGAUGUGCCCAGGACCCCAAAGAGUCCUGACAUCCCGGCGGAACUAGGGAGAGCACACCAAGAGGCCAUGUUCGAGAAGUCUGUUGUAGUUCCCCCUGUCAGAACCAACGAAAACGGGAACGCCAAUGUUGACAGGAUCCAAAAGGACGUAAACCACAACCGUGCCACGGAAAUAACCAGGACUUUCGACCUUAGUGACAGUGAGAUUGAGAAGAAAAUAGUGUCACUUCACCACCAGCUGCGCGACGUCCGCGGGGAGUUUAUGUCCCCGAAGUCUGUGGACUCUGACGACCUUGUGCCCGAGAAUGAACGGCGCAGCAGCGACGGCCGCCGGUCCGACUCCUUGACAGAAGGCACGGGAGGGGGAGGAGGAGGGGGAGAAGGGACGGAUAACUCGUCCUGCCAUGUAAAUCCCCAGCGAAUCCUGGACCUGAGACGGGAUGGAGAUAAUCUGAACCAGAGGAAAUCGUCGACAGAAGGCGGCUUGGAUAACUACCCUCGCCUGUGCAUCGUGGAUAAUGCGACCGCCGCUGCAAGGAACGGCCAGGAGGGAGGUCGCGACGCUGGCCUAAACGACUUUCCUGAAGAUGGAAGCGAGGACGACGUGGAGGGGCGUUACUACGACCCGGGGAGGUACCGCAGGGACACCUCGAGCGACAGGGGCUCCGAGGCGAGUGACCUGACGGAGGUGACAAGCGAGUGUUCCGGAGAGACGCUCCUCCUCGGCGCGUCGUCCUCCUUGAGCGACCGCUUUGCCGACCUGCUCUCGCUGUCGGAUUCCGAGCAGUGCAACGAGGACGAGCUGGGUGUGGAGGUGGAGUUCAGCGAGGACGGGCUCAGCCUCGAGGACGAGGAAGAGGCCGACACGGUGAGGACGACCUUUUCGCCCACGCAGGACGGCUUCUCCUUCGCCCUGGAGGACCUGUCGCCGCUGCGAGACGACCUCACGUCGGACCCGCACGGCCUCUCGCUCAUGCUGGCGAACCUGCCGACGGAGAGGGGGAGUGGCCUCUGGCAGGAGCCGGACGAGGACUGGUCGCCCACGCUGGAGGGCCUCUCUCCCAUCACGCUGGAGGAGCUGUCGUCGCCCGAGCUCGAGGAUACGCUCGAGGACGCGUCCCCCCACGACGACCCCAGCGGCAGCGACGACGAGGAACCCCAGGAGUACUUGUUGCUCCCGCUGGGGUCCUGCGAGGAGAAGACGGGGCGCAGCGGGGGCCUCCUGGCCAGCUGUCAGGUGCCGGAGAGCGUGGCGGAGGUCCCCGAGGCCGUACUCAACGCGCUGGCCGACUCCUGCUGUUCGUCGCCGCUCGGGAGGAGGCCGCUGCCCCCGGCGGCCUCAGGGCGCUCGCCGGGCUCGCAGAGCCUCCGCAGGCGGCUGAAGAGCCCCGCCAAGGACGCCUCCUCCGCCGCCAGCAGUCCUCGCCUGAGGCGCUCCCAGCCGCCCUCGCACAACCUCAGGAUCACGUGCGAGACCCCCAGAAGCCCCGACUCCGGACUGGGAAGCUCGGAGCCCCUGCGGGAGGAGGAGGAGGCGCUGGGGCCCAAGUUCUUCGCCGACCUGUGUCGAGUGUGGCCCGACAUCAUCGUCAGGCUGGCCCAUGACAUCACGCUCGAGUCCCCGUCAGUCGAGGACGCCCCCGACCCCCCCGACCCCCCGAGCCAGGUGGCGGAAGGGGGGCGGCGCCCCAGCAUUCCCGUGGCCGUGGUGGCGGAGGAAGCCCUCCCGGAUAGCCCUCGGGCGCCGGGCAGUCCGCGGGGGCAUCCUGGAGGGAAAUGCUGCUCAGACGAGGACCCUUGCUGCCCGCAGCUCAUGGCUGAGCACGCGGUGGCCGCCGCCGCCUGCGGAAGCCCCAAGCGCCUCCCGCCGCAGGGCAGUGCCGCGGCCUCGGGCCCGUGCCUGAGUGCCGGUCUGCAGCCCAUGUCGUGCCCGAGCCCGAUCUGCGGCAGCCCCGCCCCGCGCCGCCCGCGCGCGCCUCCGCCCGGAGGGUCCUCAGGCCCUUCGAGCUACGAGAGCGUGGACAGCAGCGAUGGCGACGCCGUCAACGAGUUCUUCCCGAGCGACAUGAUGGCGGAGCUGGCGGAGGAGGAAGAGGACGAGGACGAGGAGGGCGGAGGGGCCGCCACGCCCCCCGAGGACGACCUCGAGGGAGCCGUGCGCCCGCUCGCCUGGGACCAGCGGCCGGGCGAGAGGAAGCGGCGGAAGCUGCCCGAGAUCCCCAAGAACAAGAAAUCGUUCAGCACGGCGAGCAUCCUGGCCCUGCGGACGCCCAACCUGGCGGAGGAGCUGCAGGAGGCUGAGUCAGGCGUCGCCUCCAGGAGCUCCACGCCCGACGCCCUCACGCUCAUCAACAACCACUCCAGGCCCAUCCUCGUCCUCAAGUGCCACUCCUAUAUCAGAGUAAUGCUCUUUAGGAUAAGGCGCGCCCAGAUAGCACGGAUGCUCCGCACUCUGAAAGAUUCUGAACCCUCCUCUGCAAUGGUUCAAAGAAACCGUUACCUGACGUCAGCGGAUAGCAGAGAGCAUGAAUAUAAACAUGACAGCAGUAGCCCCGACUCCGAACUGCGACUACCGAUCAACACCGACAUCGACUCCGGAAACUCGACUCAGCACUCUCCUGAUGGGGCCAAGUCCAUGUCACCGCAGGCCACCGUUAAUGGUUCCCUUUCCCCGAUGUCCCCCGCAUCAGGAGGCAUUCCCUUCCCCCAGCUGGAGCUCCUGGAGGCCACGCACCGGGGACUCUACCGCUUCAUCCCAAGGCAUCAUGACGAGGUGGAGAUUGAGAUCGGAGACCCUAUCUACGUGCAGAAGGAGGCAGAUGACCUCUGGUGUGAAGGAGUGAACCUACGAACAGGUCGACAGGGGAUCUUCCCAGCUGCCCACGUGACUGAUGUCGACUACUCUGACUUCGACCCCACAGUCCCCAAGGUCAAGAAGGAGAGGUACCUUCUCAACUACCUUGGCUCCAUAGAGACACUUUGUCACAAGGGCAACCAGGUGUUGUGCCAGGCAGUGAGGAAGAUUGCAGGAGAUAAGGGCUCGGCACAGCAUCCUCAUCCUUGCAUUCUUGAGGUGUCAGAUCAGGGCAUAAGGAUGGUUGAUAAGAGCAAACCAGCUCCUAACCAUGUCCCCUGCCACGACUACUUCUACCACCUGAAGCACGUCUCCUUCUGCGCCUUCCACCCUAAGGACCAUCGUUACUUUGGCUUCAUCACCAAACACCCAACCAUUCAGCGCUUUGCUUGCCACGUCUUCAGGAGCAACACGAGCACGAGGCCAGUUGCAGAAGCAGUGGGACGAGCAUUCCAAAGAUUCUACCAGAAAUUCAUUGAAACCGCCUACCCUAUUGAAGACAUCUACUUAGAAUGACUCAAAGAGGAUGCAGACAGCUGCAGCAAGAAAAAGGACACAUGACAACACAGUAUAUUUUUAAACAAAAGGGAAAAUUUUAAGUUCAUAUGGAUUAAAUUCAACUGCUGAUUGACAUAUUUUCAUUCUUGGUGUAUGAUGAUUACGUACUUGUAUGUCAUGCUUUUGAAUAGAUUGUGUGUGUGUGUGUGUGUGUGUGUGUGUGUGUGUGUGUGUGUGUGUGUGUGUGUGUGUGUGUGUGUGUGUGUGUGUGUGUGUGUGUGUGUGUGUGUGUGUGUGUGUGUGUGUGUGUGCAUAUGAAAGUGCAUAAUAGAACAUAUGGUUAGAGAGCGAGAGAGAGAGAGAGAGAGAGAGAGAGAGAGAGAGAGAGAGAGAGAGAGAGAGAGAGAGAGAGAGAGAGGAGAGAGAGAGAGGACUGUGGCAUGUUGGUUCAUAAACCUUCUCCCUCAUUCCAUUAUUUUAAUAUGGUGGUCACUUUCACAAGCAAAAAAUAAAAGUUUCUUGCUGGUCAGAACAACAUGAGUAUAUAUAUGAUUUAUAUAUUUAUGAAAGAAGCAUACAAGUGCAACAUUUCUACAUAUAAUUAUCUAUUAUGUGCUAUGUUACACUGCAUAAAAAAGAGUGGCCAUCCUCAUCUAAAAUUUCGUGACUGUUACUGUACAUGCUAUCAAGACAUGAUGAUGUGCACCAUGGAGAAUAUGUCAAAAGUAUUUGCUAGUUACUUUUCAUGAAUAUAGAAUCAUAUCACAGAUAUAUUUUUCUUUCCAAAUAUCUUAGUUUUAUUGUUUUAUUUUUACACAUGAAGGAGUGAGUGUGGCUCACAGUGCCAAAAAAGAAAUAUAAGUUGUGAGUAAUUUCUUUGCUAUUUACUCACAGAAUGUAGGUUUCUGAAGCUGUCUGCUGUCUUUUUAAAAAUCCACAAAGAUGUUGCUUUCAAUUAGGAGAAGAGUCAUCAUCUUUUUGCAAACAAAGAUGGGGAGGAAGAAGUUUAUUGCAUCAAAGCACAGAUACAAAGUUAUGAUAGUGUGAUGACAAUAUUUACAUUAUGGAGUUCAUUAUCAUCCUGGAAAUGUGAAAAUUGUAGCAUUACCAAUAAUGUAUGACAUACAAGAAUAGCUGUAAUGUGAAAAUCAAUCCAGAGGAGGAAAGUAAUAACCUCUUUCUGGUAAUAUGAAACAAGCAUAAUAAUUAAGCUUGUAAUAAUUUUCAUUGCAGCCAUUCUUGUUGAAAGGAAGAGAUGUAACCAGACUUGUAUAUAUGUAACGUAUAAUUAAUGUCAUCACUCUGAAAAUCAGUGUGGCAUUUUUUUUUUUUCUACUCCGAAAACUGUGCUUUAUUUAUUUAUUUACAAGAAUACUUAUACGUGACUCAUAUCUCCCUCCUUCACUGUAAGUCAAAAGUGUUCCUCUCUUGAUGAUAGUUUUUUCUUAAAUACUAGCAAAAGAAAUUCAAGGUACUCUCAAUUUUAGGGGAAUGUACCAGGAAAUGUGAUGAUUGCUGAUGAUAAUAUUCCAAAUACCAAAUAAAAAAAAAUAGAUAAAAUUCAGGAAGGAGAGAGAGAGAGUCCCCAUAUGUGUGUGUUGUCUACAUCAUUAUCACACAGCUGGUUGACCUCAGGCAAAACAUGUACUGUCGUGUUCCUCUCAGCGGGGAACAGCAUCAGCAUGACAAUGUGUGCAGCAUUAUUUCAUUCUCUGAUCCCUGUGAGAGUGAAAAGAAAGUUGUUCUAUACUUUUACCUUUGAAUCUCCCACCUGCAGCAAAUGGAAAUAGUUUUCAAGUGAUUUUGUAAACUAUACCGGGAGGAAAAGAAGAGAAAAAAAUUGAAAUUACAUGCAUGAAAACAUAUGAAAUUUGUCAGUGUGAUGUAUCUUUAAUUGCUGUAGGUUAAUCAUUGUAAUAGUCCAAAAUUUCCACUUGAUUUAUGCAAAUCUGGCGAACAUACACAUGGGCAUUUUGAUCUUUUACUCGGAAAAUUAGAUAUGUGAAAAGAGCUUUAGAUUCUUACUUUAAUUUUUUUCCCCCUUUUCAUAAUCAUAGUGAUUAGUAGGUGUAUCUGAUCACUCUAGCCCUUCUCAUUCCCAGACUUGUUCAUUAUUCAUCAACCUUGUAAAAUAAAAUCCUUCUAAACUUUGCCUUUACCUUCCAUACGGUACUUUUCAUAUGUAUAUAUGUAAAUUCCAUUUACUGUAAUGUAAUUUAAGAUUUGGCUCUUUUCAGCAAAAAGAAAGGUAUUUUAGGAGCAGUAAAACAGUUGUACAGUAUACCUGUACUUUUCUGAAAGUGUCAUAGAAUCCUUUUUCUAAGAAAAAAUAAUCAUCCAAAUAUUUAUAUUUCUUUUGUUAUAAAUUAGAAUGUUUUUUGUCUUGUAAUCCUGUACAAUAUGAGUGUCCUUGAAUAGUGAACAGCUGCAAGUCCGAGUCUGAUAUGAUAUAUAAACCAUUUGUUUUUUUCUCUCUCUUUUUUGGGUCAGGCCCAACACUGAAAUACUGUUAAACUGUAUGUUAUGGUAUUUCGGAAAUCCAAAUUGCAUGAGACUGAAAAAAAAGAAAAAUGUAGUUUAAAUUUAUAAAAUCUUUUGAAAUUCAUAAAUGCUUUACAGUGUAUGAAAAAAAGGUGAUAUUGUUUAUGAUUGAGUAAAAGGACAAGUAUAUUAUUCCCAUUCGUAUUUACAUAUACGGGUGAUUUGGACAGUGUCAGACAUAGGCAUUGCAACAGGCACCAAAUUGACAAUAAAUAAAAAUAAAAUAAAAUAAAAAUUUAAAGCCAUUUUGGUGGUAUGGCUAUGUAAUUAGGCUUCUAAUUAGAACCAGAAUUGCUCAUUCACCAGUACUCUAAAUAAUGUUUAAGUGCACUAAAAAGGAAAAAAAAAGUCUGUCGGCUAUGUUGAAGAGAGCCUGCCUCCCAUGCUUCUCACAUGUAAAUGUAUCAGUGAUAAUAAACACUGAUUACUACAAAGACUGGCAAUGGCACAGUUAGUCAUAUGGAGUUCUAUGGUUAAUCACUCCUGACUGGUUGAUUUUAUGGAAUUUAUCCAUUUAUGAAAUAAGAAAAAAAAUCAUCUUAUGUUAUAAAAGGGAACCUUAUCUUUUGCAUAAUAAUUCUAAAGUGAUUUUUAACAUGUCUUAAUUUCUAGCUAAGUACUUUCAUGUUUCUGAUUCAUCCAGAGUCUCAAUGUAAUUCAAGACAGCCAGUCAGGCCCCUGUGACGUAUGGGCACCUAUCCGACACAGCCUUUGCCAGGCUAGUAGCAUUAUCUCCUUGUUACUAUCAGAUGCUUCUUUGUAAUAUUGGAAAUACACUUUUAAAAAACAGGACUGUUGUGCGUGAUAAUCUUUAUUUACAAGUUAUGUAUGUCAUUGAAGAAGUAAUGAGCAACUGUUUUAUUUUAUUUUAUUUUUUAUUUUUUUUAAUCAGUUCAUUCUUGUGUGUAAAAAGAUACUUUUCUCCUACUAAGAUUAUUUCCUUUCAUAUUUCUUUAAUCACCUAUGGAGGAAUAAUAUAAUGUUAGGUAAAUAAACAUAAUUAUCCUAUUCUCAAUUCAGAUUCUCUGUGAGAUAUCUGAAACAAGUCAAAGGCCGCACCAGUUUCCAGGCGAGUGGAGAUGUCAAUGGAGAGAGACUGUUGCCAGUCACUUAAGGUAUCUAACCUCAUGUAGUGUCUAUUAACUGUCAUCUGUGUUUAUGAUUAUGACAAAAAUAUAAAAAAAAUCACUGUAAAGAAAGGUCAUGCACAAAGACAAAGUUUUGGCAUACUUUCAUAGUCUGUAUAGUAUGUUACUUCCUGUAUGGUAUAAACUUAAAAAUAAUAAAGGAAUAUCAUAUAUUGAUCACAUAUUAUCAUGUAGUACUUCUCAUUGGUGAUAUAGCGACAGUAUAGAAAAGAAAAAAAAUGUAUUGCUUUCAUAUCAAGAAAGAAAAUGAUGUACAAUGAACUAAAUGGUGAAUUUUUUUUUAGAAAGGAGAGAAAAAGAGAAGACACAUCAGUUCAGAUAUUUCUUUUUUUCUUAAUUAGACAUAUAUCAUAACUCAAGUUCUACUAGGACAGAGAAAGAAAAAGAAAUGACAGAUUAUUUCCAUCCUUCUAAAGAAAGUUUCACAUUUAGUGUCUGUAAAGGCAGAUGUGCCAGAGUAACUUCAAGAUUUCAGGAGAGAGAUGUUAGACAAAAUUGAUAAGGUCUUCCAGGGCAGUUUUAUCUCUUCCUUGUUCUUGAAGGGUCAUUGUUCUUUCUUCCUGUGAAUGGUUGGCAAAAAGAGGAGUGAAAACAUACAUUUGUCUAUUGCAUUGCUCACUAAAAUUCCUUAGUGACGUGUGAAUGAUUGUUUUUGUAAAGGUUUCCAGCUUAUCAGUAUUUACUAUUGUUAUUUGUUGAAAUGAAACUAUCAAUAAAAUGUAGGAAUCUGAAGGAAAAAUCACAUUCCCAAAAGAAGAGAUGUGUUAUAUUUUAUAUCAGAGAAUAUUCAAUUGUUUCUCUCACUUUUUUUCUUUUUCAUUUUUCAUCUGAAUUAUGUUCAUCUAAUGUGAGUUACGUAAGAAGGAAGAUUGUAAGUCACACUUGCUCUCUUAACAGCAAAGUGACGAUGGAAGAUGAGAGAUCUGUGUAUUUUGCCUUAUGAUUGGAUCAAACUGUUAUGUGAGGGCGGAUCCAGGGGCUGUCUCUCUUUGCCAAUCCAGUAUAAAUAACAAGAAUUAAACAAUAAUUCAAAAUCAAAAGGAAAGAUAUUCCAGGUUCUUUGAGCUGGAGGGGAUAUGGAACUACACACACACUUUACCAAUGUUACUGCUGGUAUUAGUUUGUAAUGAACAAGUUGCACAUUAAAGGCACACAUUUUA